UCUGAACGGCAAGCACAAUAAAUGAGUCCUAUUUCCAAAUACUAAUUACUCUUCGUUACUGAUUACCAUAGUUGAGAACGCAGAAUUAUUGUUUGAACAUCCUAUUCUGCUUCCAUAUCUUCUAUCAUCGGUUUUGGCGUGCACACGGAUUGCUGAAAGUAGCUAAAUCCCCUCCCAGAAUCGGUGUGGCGCUGAAAAAGGUUUAGGACCAUGUAUCAAUUUCCAGUUAGAGGGUUGGAGAAAAUCCGCAGAACAAGAAGAAAAGUGAAAAAUAUUCUUGGAGAAUUUGGACUUGAAGAAUGUCUUAGUUGGACCGAGGAUCUCCAGGAAUUUUACCCUGGAGACAAUGUUUUUGAUGCUACAGACUGGUGCGAUUUAUCUGAUGGGUUUGAUGGGCGUUGGAUAAAAAAGUGGGAAUAUCGGACACGAGGAUUGUGCUGCAGCUUGUGCAAGUUCUCUGCAAGAUCCUGGCAUGCCUAUAGAACUCAUGUUCAGCGUUGCCAUGAUGAAGAAGAGCGUCUUUGCAAGCUUUCGUCCUGUACUUCCUGCCCAUUUAUUGCCCAUCCCAGAGUGGUCUCCAAGCACUGCAGAUUGUUCCACGUCGAGGACCCAAAGUUAGAAUCUGGUGCAGUCCCCCAACUGCCUCCAAGAGCUGUGAGCGGCACCACAUUUCAGUGUCGGAAAUGUCAUUUACAAGAUACUCUCUUGUACAGUGUAAAAAAGCAUGUUCUCCUUUAUCACUACACCUCCACGUUGAACAAAUAUGCUGGGCAGAGACCAGAGAGGGAACUUAAAGCCCUAGGAGAUAUUUCUCAGAAAUUCUACUGCAAGAAGUGUUACGUAGCAGCUGAGACAUCUGAACACUUACUGUAUCAUCUUCUAACUUCAGAAAAGCACAAGGAGCUGGAUGUGCAUAUCAGAGCUCUAAUUUUUGAAACCGAAAGUAAGAAACAAUACCCUGCUCUAGCACCAAAAGCCCAAGGCACUUCUGCUGUUGUAAUGAUGAAAGAUCAGCCAGCAAUACCUGGUACACUGGCUGCUGGUGGAAUCAAAAUGUUGGAAAAUGGUAGCUCCCAUGUCAUCACUACCCCUGGAACAAGCCAACCAUUUCUCCCCACUCAAGCUUCUGCCCUGGUUCAGCUUGCGAGCGCUGAGGCGAAGGGCUUAUUGAGGCCUGGAGUACCACUGGCUUUCCAGAACCCCCAAACUGGAAGACCUGCAUCUGCUGUUCCUCCUACAGCUCCCCACCAGGUGCCCGUCAGAGUAGGCCAUCCUGGUCAGUCACAACUACAACCUGUAUCCCGCCAGAUUGUCUUUCCACCAGGUGUUCGCCUUAAUGUACCUGCUGUUAGGCCACCGGCUCCUCAGUCCAUACUUGUUAAUCCAAGAUUACCCCAACCCAGCCCAGGAGGCACCAUGAUGACUUCACAGUCCCUACUGAGUCAUUUGAUCCCCACAGGCAACAAAGUGGAUGGGUUGCCCACCUAUACUCUUGCUCCUUUGCAGGUCUUAUCAGUCCAGUCAAAUAACUCGCAAGGAGUCAGCAAAGCACCGUUGCCUGUGUCUCAGAACAUCUCCGCGACUCAUCAGAACAAACAAAACAGUGCCCUGCCAGUCCCCAAGCAAACCAAGAAAUGGAUCACUUGCCCUAUCUGUAAUGAACUCUUCCCAUCUGAUAUCUACGAGUCCCAUCCAGAGGUUCACAAAGAGUCAUCUAAUAAGCCCAAGCUCGGCCUGGCUGCUCGUGCUCCUUUCUUAAAAAAGAUGCCAGACAAGACGGUGAAAUGCCUGACUUGCAGGAUCUUGAUAUCGGAAAAGGGUGUUUUCGAACACCUGCUUCAUGGCAUGAUCUGCUUGUUUUGUACAGGGAUAUUCUACUCCAUUAAGCAGCUUGUCGACCAUAUACAGAUGGAACAUAAUCAGACCCAAAAGAGUAACUGCGACUUCAUGCGACGAGAAUACCGACUUUAUACGGAUGAGGCAGGGAAUCUGCUUUUCCCAUAUUUUGACAUCAGGACCAUGGCUCCUAAACUAAUAAUGGGGGAAAAAGAGCUCAAUCUUGCAUUGGUCACCAGCUCCCUCGAUCUGAUCUUUGUGAAAAUGUUGCCCAACAAUCCUCAGGCUGUUUGCAAGGCGCCCACAUCAUCCAAGAUGCCCACUCCCAAGCUUGAUUACAUGGAGUGCCCCUUCUGCUCUGAGAAGCUUUUGAGCAUGGAAGCCUAUCAAAUGCACCUCAAAGAAAAGCACUUCAUUGUGCCCACUCUGCAUGCAAUACUUAAAACCCCAUCAUACAGAUGCCUCUACUGUGGUGGCGUUUACACUGGGAAGACCACUACCAAGGCCAUCAUUGUCCACUUGGGUAAAUGUCGCAGUGCACCCAAAGGCCUCAAAUUUGCUGAAAAAAUGAGUUCUGGAUUAGCUGUUACUCCCAGAGCUAACAGUGCAUAUGUGUCAUACCCAGCCCACCCAAAACAGAUCACUGGUCCAACCCCAGCUUCAGUCCAAGCCUCUGUUCCUGCCAUAAAGACACCAGAAACAGAAGCAGAGUUACAGAGCCAGCUACGUCUAGAAAUAGCUUUUCGAGAAGCUAUGGAGGCAAAUAGGAGAGAGAGAGAAGAACGGUUGGCAAGGAGGAGAAAGAUAGAGAAAGAUAGGUUGGCUGGCCUGACUGUCCCCCCACCUGAAAUAAUCAUUGAUCCCUCUGUGACAUUCGCAUUAGAUCCUAUCGGAAUGGAGUUGCGCCCCUUUGAAGAACGACGUGAAUUUGUCAACAAGUAUUUUAAUACGCAGCCUUACCCGCUCAAGAAGGAGAUAGUUGCCCUGAGUAGCCGUUUACUGCUUAACAAAACGGAUGUUGCUUGCCAGAUUGGUGGAAAACGUACCAGGUGUUUGAAGAACAUACAGAAAAACAAGGCUGUAGUACUGUUAGGCUUCAAUAUGGCAGAGCUGACGAAAGUCAAGCAUGAUCUUUUUAUCCCAGAGAUAGAGCCAGAGAAGAUACUCACUAUGACAGAAUCAGAAAUGGUGACAGAAUCAGAAAUGGUGACCGAAGCGGAAAGGGUGACCGAAGCAGAAACGGUGACUGAAGCAGAAACGGUGACUGAAGCAGAAACGGUGACUGAAGCAGAAACGGUGACCGAAGCAGAAAUGGAGCAAGAGUAGCUUCCCAACUGUAAUAAAGUCAAGGGAGAGAGACUUACAAUGCAAAUUUUAUCUAGAGCCUAAACAGUAAUGUGUCCCUUGAAACAAUGCAAAAGAUGACCAUUCACACCGGAACUAGUGUUUAAUAACUGAACUGCUAUUUGGGAGAAACUUGAGAUUGAAACAAGCAAAAAUGAUGUGUUUGAGUUUGGCUGCUGUUCAUUAAUGUAUGUGUACUUUUAAACAUGUUUUUUUUUUUUUCAUACUAAAACAUUUUAAAGUAUACAAUCAUUACUUUUCAAUGAGGCAUUGCUUUAUGCAAGGUUCAUUAACUUAAAGUCAAAUUAGUUUUUGUAGCCCAUUUAUAGUUCUAGGGUUGAAAACUUUGAUAUUGUAUGCUGUUAUACCUUUCUUGUUUGCCAAACCACAAUUUGUUUUCACAUAAUUUAUUUGUUGUAACUUAAGCAUUUAUGAAGUUUUCCAUUUUCAUGUAUCUUCAUAUUAAUAACUUCUGUGUAUUGUCAAGUUUAUUUCUGUUUUGCUUGCCUUAUUCUUAUAUAAAUCUUGUAUUCAACUUAUUGUUUUGAUCAGGUAUUUGCCUAAAUGUUUUCCUCAGUCUAGUAUGAAUGAAUGCUACAUGCAGUGAUAUUAAUGGCUAAUGAUCAUUACAGAAGUGUGGACCUUUGUAAAUGGAUUAGUUAUUAUAGUAUAGUUAAACUGUAUCUGUAUCUAGUAGACUCUUGGUUUUGCAUUUUAUUUCCACAUUUUAAUAUUGAGUAUUAUAAAUGCCAACAUCCAAGCUUACACAAUAAAGGGUGAGUCAAUAAA